AUGAAACAACUUCAGGAUGAACUUGAAAAAGUAAAAAGUGAAGCUGAAGAAAUAGAACUAAUCGAAGAGAAAAAAUAUCAAGAUGAGCUCGAAAAACUGAAAGGUGAACUUGAAAAAAUGCAACGUAAAACUGCAAUAAUGCAACGUGAAACUCAAAUAAUAAUAAAAAUCGAAAAAAUAAAACGUCGUCAAAUACGUGAAGCUGGAGAAAAAGAACGAAAACAGCUAGAACUUGAAUUUGCUUCAUCAAUUAAAAGAUGUCGUAAUGUAUUUACAUUUCGUAAUUAUUUUUACGAUAUCGAUGUACCCGAUGAUUUGCAAUCGUUCGAUAUUAAUGUAGCAUUAAAGGACAAUAAUUAUUUUGAUGACAAUAUAUCAAAUUAUAUUGAACAUUAUUCAAAUCAAUUUUCAUCAUAUCCUAAAUUAAACGAAGAAGAAAUUCAAAAAGGAUUUGAUCAGUUAAUUGUUAAUUUAUUAAAUGCAUCGAAUAAUUCUACAUCAUUGAAAUAUUUAAAUACAUCUUCUUCAUAUUAUUUAGAAAAUAAGUUUAAUCCUAAUUGUACAUUUAUAUAUAAAAAUAUAAAUAUCGAUAUUGAUCAAGAAAAACCAUGUUUAGAAGAUUUUGUUGUUUGUCUUGGUAAUUUAAUAUCUCCACAUGUUUCUUUAUCAACAGAUUCAAUGAUUGAAGAAAUAUUACAAUAUUUGACAAUUAUAUUGAUACUACAACAUCGUGAAAAAAUAUAUGGUUUUCUUAGUAAUUAUACACACAUCAAAUUUUUUUAUGUGACAAAGAAAUCCGAUUCGGAUUCGUAUGAGUUUUGUCAAAGUCAAGAAUUAGAAAUGUUUACUUAUUUGUCCGAAACAUUAUCGUCUAUUGAUAUGUCAACAACUGAAAAUACAAGAAAACUAGGUGUUAAUGGAGAUACAUGGAAAAUAAUUACAAAUUCUUUAACCAUGGAUACUGACUUUUGUCAAUAUAAAAGAUUAAAUAUAGAUCCUAAUGAUGAUUUACUUGGUGAUCGAUAUACGAUAACAAAAAAAUUAGGAUCCGGUGUAUCAUCAAUAGUUUAUUUCCUAAAACAAAAUGAAGAUAACCAUUCAGUUGAAGAUUCACCAUGUCAUGUAAUGAAAAUAUUAAAACAAAGUGAAUAUUCAAAAUGUUUUCGAAAAGAAGUUAUAAUAGCAAAAAGACUGAAACGAUUUAAUGAUUUAAAUAAAUUUCAUUUAUUUUUUCAAGAUAUUCUACAUCCAAUGUCUUCAGAUAAAUAUUUAUUCUAUGAAAAAGAAUUACAAUGCAUAGAAUCAUUAUCAUUGAUACAAUCGAAACAACUUAUUGAUAUAGUUCAUUAUUUAUAUGAUUGUGGUGUUAUUCAUCGUGAUAUACAUCCACGAAAUUUAAUGUUAGAUCGUGAUAGUAAUCAUAUAAAAUUAAUUGAUUUCGGUUUUGCCAUUGCAGUUAAUAUCAAUAACAAGGGAGGCAGCAUACACAUCAUUGGUCCACUUUCAUAUGCUAGUGAACCAUUUUUAGAUUACUAUUCUAAAGUAUUAACUAGAUGGAUGCCAUAUUAUUUUUAUGAACUAGAGUUCGAUUUAAUAUGUGCAUUAAAUAUUAUAAUGUCCAUGGUUAAUGCUGAUAUCAAACGAAGUAUUGAUGCAAUUCGAAUAUUACAAGAUGUGAAAGAAAGAGUAUUAAAGUCAUCGCAAUUAUGGAAAGAUACUAAACGUACAAAUAAACAUUAUUCAAAUUUAUUCGCUUUAAUAAAGAAACUAAAGGAUGCAUGGUAUCCAUUCUAUCGAUUAGAGAAAACGGAUGAUUCAGAUGAUGAAAUAGAUGAUUCGGAUUAUAAAAUAGAUGAUACAGAUCAAGAAUUGAUUCCUGAUAUUUCAAAAAUGCAAGCUGACCAGUCAGCAAUUUUUGACGCUAUCAAAUGUGAAUUAGAAAAACUUUUCGAUAUGUGA